AUGGAGUUGGAAUUUGAGUUGGGCAUGGAGUUUGAGAGGGAGAGGCAAGAGGUGGUGGCUUAUGAGCAGCAGAGGGUGGGAGAUUUGGACCUGCUGUUAUGUAGUUUCCAAAACCUUUACAAAGCCCUGAAAAAAUUGAAAUUGAAAUUGGAUAUAGUUCAGAAGAGGAUGGCAGAGAGAGAGGGUUUAGCCCACAACGAAGUCGGCAAAAAAGGAAAAAUUCAGACUCACCUUUGCUUCCUGAAGUCACAAAGCUUUAGGGACAAUCAUGUAUUGCUAAGUGUUGAUGGGAUACAAGUGACGCUUCAUAUGUGUGCUGGAAUUGCUGCAGAAAGGGGCCAAGUCUUUGAUGCGUAUGUGAGUGCUGCUGGCAAGUUGUAUGAAAAAGUUUGGGCUGCUCGCUAUGCUGAUCGCAGCAAGCGUUUCAUGUUGGAUCCUAUGUUUGCGAUGCGCGUUUUCCAAAGAAGGGAGAUGGUAAUUAAUACACGUGUGUUUACACCACAGAUGGAUGGUGUUCGUCCAAAGAGGAUAAAUGUUGUGUUUGUCCCAGUUCUUUUUGAAGGUCACUGGUGGUGCGUGGCUUUUUCAGUGAAUCGAGAAGAAAUUUUGGUUAUUGAUUCCAUUCAGACCUCUUCCGCGUCGGAGGUCCACUCUGCCAAUGUUGAUCAUUUGGCAUAUGCAAUGGAUUUGGUUUUUCAAUCCUUGGACCCAAAAUGGGAAGUCGGUACAGUGACCGCUUGGCGGAGAACUUCCCUACAAAUGGCUCAGCAAGGGGACCUGUAAGGAUUAAUUUAAUCUUUUUGGGGAAAGAGGAAAGUUAGUGUUGUUUGAC